UUCCAACACUAGGCAAGAAAAUGUCACGUCGAAGAAACAGAAGCGACGACAAAAAAUAAAAAAAGCUUAUUUUGUGCAAGUUUUGAUAUUUUUAAAGUAAACGCAACUAUAUGCGAGUAAACAUUCAGGAUGUGUAGCUAAAUUAUAUAAAAUUGGAGAGUUAUAAAGCAAAAAUAAACGGUAAACAAGCAACGAGAGACCCAACGACGUCGCAAUUUUUUGGGAGAGUGCAUUCUAGUGCAAGACGUGAAAAGUGCGUGUGUGCAAAAAGCAGAGAAAAGUUUGGGGGGACAACAAAGAAGCAGAACUAUCAACACUCAAAACAAUAUACAGAGAACCGCGCGCGUACAGGCAACUACCAGCAAACCGCAGCAGCCGACGAGUCAGCAAUUUGUGCCACACACACAAAAAGAACCAGCAACAGCAGCCAGGCAGGGCAAAGCGCCAGCAGCCAGCGUUAACAGCAACAUCAUCAUCACCAUCAUCACAUUUGUAGCUUCCAUCAGAAAAUGAAUCGCUCGGAUGGCUUGGUCAGGCGCACCGUGAAGUCUCGCGAGAACGGUGCCGAGGGUGCAGCUGGUGGCUUGAAUGCCAAUACUCCAGACGACAAUCAAGAUGCGAACGAUAGCAACAAGGAUCAGGAGGACAACAUCGAUGAUGGUGACUCCAAGGAGACACGGCUGACGCUAAUGGAGGAAGUCCUGCUGCUGGGCCUCAAGGAUAAAGAGGGUUACACAUCGUUCUGGAAUGACUGCAUAUCAAGCGGAUUGCGUGGCUGCAUUCUCAUAGAACUGGGCAUCCGUGGACGUGUAAUGAUUGAAAAGUCUGGCAUGCGACGACGUGGACUAUGUACAAGAAAAUUGAUAUUGAAAUCUGAUCAGGCGACGGGCGAUGUUCUUUUGGAUGAGGCGCUGAAACACAUUAAGGAAACAGAUCCACCAGAGACGGUCCAGAGUUGGAUUGAAUAUCUUAGUGGUGAAACUUGGAAUCCAUUGAAAUUACGUUACCAGCUAAAAAAUGUGCGCGAGCGUCUGGCCAAGAACCUGGUGGAAAAGGGUGUGCUGACAACGGAAAAGCAAAAUUUUCUGCUCUUCGAUAUGACGACACAUCCGCUCAACGAUAAUGUUGUCAAAUGUCGUCUGGUUAAGAAGAUACAAGAUUCGGUGUUGUCCAAAUGGGUGAAUGAUCCGCAGCGCAUGGAUAAGCGUAUGCUGGCGUUAAUCUUUUUGGCGCAUGCCAGCGAUGUCAUUGAGAAUGCAUUUGCACCGCUAAACGACGAUGACUACGAGGUGGCCAUGAAGCGUGUGCGAGAGCUGCUGGAUCUUGAUUUUGAAACGGAGGCGGCCAAGCCGAAUGCGAAUGAGAUACUUUGGGCGGUCUUUAUGGCGUUUACGAAGUAGAAUGGGAUACCUUAGAUCCUCUCAACAGCACACACACAUACAAGAAACACACACCCAAAAAAGGAUAUACACACACACACACACAGAGAUCUGGAAUACAUAUUUUGCUGCUUUUUUGUGUUUAAGAAACGAAACUUUUUGCUGUGACUGGGAUGGGACUCCUUUCAGUUUCAAUCAAAUAUAAAUAUAUAUAAACUUUAAGCAAACACCCAGAGAGAAGAGCAGCCAUAAAAGAUAUACAAUCUAUAUAUAUACGAUAUAAAGAGAAGCUGCAAAAUCCAACUGCUCCGUUCACCUUUUGGUUAAUUAUUUCUUUUACGUAUUCAACAAUUAUUCCGAAUAAAACAAAAACGAAAUGCUAGCCAAUAGUUGAAGUUCUUUUUCUAAA